UGUCCAAGCCGAAGACGACAUCGUUGCUGCUGCCGAUGACACCUGUUUUGGGCAACUAAUCAGUGAUAAGGCGCAGCGCCAGCUCAGCUGGAGCUCAGUUGGGGAACGACAAUCGCGCGUGACACAACGCACAAGAUGAGAGCUGUAUCCGCUUCCGUCAGCAUUUGGGCUAUCGGCUGCUGGCUGCUGUCUGUGCCAGACGCUGUUUACGCUGGCGUAUUCGAGGGCCUGAAUAUCAACACACCAUUGACGCAUGAGAUCAUGCGGCAGGCCAAGUCCGCCGGCAUGCGCUCCUACAUAAAUGGCAGCGUGCGGCCGUGCGAUGAUUUCUAUGGCUAUGCGUGCGGCAACUUUGCCAGGAUCAAUCCGGCCACGCAGGAAACAAUCAGCACGGACUUCUUCGAGGAGCUCAACGCUGGCUAUCAGCGUCGCCUACGUCAGCUGUUCAGGCAGCCAAAGCUGAGCACCGACAGUCCCACUGAAACGCGUGUUAAGUAUUUCUACGAGUCCUGCCUGAAUACCACCACAAUGGAGCUGAAGCAGCGUCCACACCUGCUCGGCAUAUUAAAAGAGUUUGGGGGUCUGCCCGCGCUCGAGGGCAGCGCCUGGGAUGAGUCCAAGUUCGAGCCAAUUGAAAUGAUGGCGCGCCUGAUGAACCGAUUCGGCAAGGAAACGCUGCUCAGCGUGCGUGUCGCUCCGGGACUGACUAACAGUCAGCUAAAUCGUUUGUAUCUGGGUCAACGGGAUGACCUGGUUAGCAACAAGGCCAUAGCGCUACACCUGAGCAGCCAGCUGAAACUGAAGCACAAUCUGCAGCAGAUGCUUGGCUUGGGCGAGGUGCGUGCCCGUGAAACGGCCGCCGAAAUAGCCAGUAUCAACAUGGAGCUGGCACGCGGCAUCAUUGAGCCACAGGAGGAGCUGCCGCCGAGCCAGAUGAAUCGCUUGCGCAUGUUGGACGAAAUGAGCCAAAGCUAUGGCCCCGACCUGAAUGUCACGCGUUUUGUGCAAAUCUGGCUCAAUCACGACUAUCUGCUGCCCGUCUACGAGUAUGUCGAGAGCUAUCUGUGGCAAGUGAAAAAGGUAUUGGCCCGCACGCCCAAGCGCGCGCUGGCCAACUAUAUGCUCUCCACGCUGCUUGGCGACUACGACAUGGAGCCGGCUGCAACGGCAGAGAAGCAGCACGAGCUGUGCGCGGAGAAAACGACGCUGCUGUUCACCGACUUUGUGGAUCACAUGGUAUAUCGGUCGCUCGAGAAACAGAAUCCGCAUAUACCCGGCCAUCUGCGACAGCUGUGGCAGGAGCUGAAAGUUGCCUUUGGCGAUAUGCUGCGCGCGCCCAGCACCAAUUGGCUAAGCGAACUGACCCUCAAUGAAGCCCUCGCCAAGCUGAAGGCCAUGAGUUUUCACAUACUCGGCGCAGAGACGCACGACUUUGAGGAAUACUAUGGCGGUCUGGUGAUUAGCAAUGCCGACUACUUUGGCAACGUGCAACGGCUGCUGGAGCUGCGCGCCCAGCAUUUGCGCGACCAGCUGCAACGGGCACCCAAUCUUAAUAAUUAUGAUGGCAUCAAUACCUCGCCCUUUUAUGUGCCAGAGUUUAAUCGUGUUGUGAUACCGGCCAGCUAUAUGCAGCAUCGAUACUUCUUUGACGAGGUCUAUCCCAUGGCGCUCAAGUAUGGCACUGUGGGCUUCUCCUUGGCCCACGAGAUGGCCCACGGCUUCGACGAUCUGUCCCGCACUUUUGACGGCCAGGGCAAUCUGCGCGACUGGUGGGAGCGCAAUGCGACUAGACAGUUCGAGGAGAGGAAACAGUGCCUGGUGCAACAGUUCAGUCGGUUUAUCUACAAUGGCCAGAGGCUGACCAAAAUGCAAAUGCAGGCCGAGAAUAUAGCGGACAAUGUGGGCGUGCGUAUUGCCCAUGCCGCCUACCUCAACUGGCUAAGGCAAUCAUCGCUGGAGUCGGAGACAUUGCCUCGCAUGUCGCACACGCCGCAGCAGCUCUUCUUUCUGGGCCUGGGCCAAAUUUGGUGCUCGGAUUUGCUGCCCCAGUUGCGUCACACGAUCGCCAUUAGUGAUGAGCAUGCGCCGGAUGAGGUGAGACUCCACGCGAUUAUGGCCAACUUCGAUGCAUUCGCCAAGGCCUACGAGUGCCGCCAGGGCGCCCAUAUGAAUCCCAUGCAAAAGUGCGUUAUCUACUGAGGCUGUCCUUCAACUGAUUAGAAGCUCUACUUAUAAGCUGUCUGUACUUGAAAUAUAUGUUAAUAUUUC